CCCUACCCUCCGAUGCCGUCCACCUCCACGUCCCUCUCGGCGCACGCGACGGGGACCAUGAGCUGAGGCAGCGACGCGACCACGCCCCCUACUAUACGCCUAUACCCACCCGCUCACGAGAAACCCAGGCGAACACCUGUGAAGUUCUCGAUGCCGUCCGCGCGCAAACGACGAGCAUUCGCCUCGUGAUUACUGACUGGGACCGAAAGCAAUAAGCAAAGCACACCUUGUUCGUCGUUUGCCCCGAGAUUAUCACUGCCUUGUUAACAGCAUGCAGGCCAUUCUUGCCGUGCUGGUGGUCGUCCUGCUCGUUCUUGCUAGAGGCGGAGCGGCCGCCGACGAGUUCAUGUUCACCAAAUUCGCGCGCGAGAACGUGACGACCACCGGCACGGCCGUGGUCACCUCCUCCGGCCUCCUGCAGCUCACCAACGAGACGAACGAGAGGUUCGGGCACGGGUUCUACCCCUUGCCAGUCCGCUUCAAGAACACUUCCACGGGCGCGCCGCUCUCCUUCUCCACCACCUUCGUGGUCGCCAUCGUGCCGCGGUACACGGACGCGCACGGCCACGGCAUGGCCUUCGCGCUGGCACCGUCGGUGGCGAUCCCGGGCGCCGUGGCGGGGAAGAACCUCGGGCUGUUCAACACGUCGGACAACGAGGGGCAGGCGAGGAGCGAGAUCGUGGCCGUCGAGCUCGACACGGCGCUGGACGAGGAGUUCGAGGACAUCGACGACAACCACGUAGGCGUUGAUGUCAACAGCCUGCGGUCCGUAAACUCGACCACAGCGAGGUUCGUCGACGUCAGAACCUACAAGUUCGCCAACCUCAGCCUGGUCAGCGGGAACCUUCUGCAGGUGUGGAUCCAGUACGACGGCGCGAGCACGCGCCUUGAGGUGAUGGUUUCGCCGGCCGGCGUUCCCAGGCCGGCCGGCGCGCUCGUGUCUUGCACCGUCAACCUCUCGUCGGUGGUGGCCGACGACACGUACGUCGGAUUCUCGGGAGCGAACGGCGCGGCCGUGAGCUCCCACUACGUUCUUGGCUGGAGCUUCCGCCUCGGCGGCGGGCGCGCGCCGGACCUCGACCUCUCCAAGCUCCCGCCACUCCCGUCGUCUAAAUCCAAGAAGACGCCGCUGCCGAUGCUACUGCUUGCGACAGCGCUCCUCCUCGCCGUCGUGGUACUCAUUCUGGUGUCAGCGGCUGUCACGGUGUUUGUCGUCAGGCGCCGGCGGUUCGCCGAGGAGGAGGAGGACUGGGAGAUAGAGUACGGCCCUCACCGGAUCAGCUACAAGGACCUGCACGCGGCGACCAGGGGCUUCCGCGACGUCGUCGGCGCAGGUGGCUUCGGCCGCGUGUACCACGGCGUUCUGCCAAGGUCGGGCGCCGAGGUCGCUGUCAAGAAAAUCUCCCACGACUCUCGGCAGGGGCUGCGCGAGUUCGUGUCGGAGAUCGCGAGCAUGAGCCGGCUGCGCCACCGCAACUUGGUGCAGCUCCUGGGCUACUGCCGGCGUCAGGGCGAGCUGGUGCUCGUCUACGACUACAUGGUCAACGGAAGCCUCGACAAGCACCUGUUCACCGCCGGCCAGCCGGCGCUGAGCUGGGAGCAGCGCGCCAAGAUCGUCCGGGGCGUCGCCGCCGGGCUGCUGUACCUGCACGAGGGGUGGGAGCAGGUGGUGGUGCACCGUGACAUCAAGGCCGGUAACGUGCUCCUCGACGCCGAGAUGAACGGCAAGCUCAGCGACUUCGGCCUCGCGCUGCUGUACGACCACGGCAGCAACCCGCAGACGACGCGCAUCGUCGGGACAAUCGGGUACCUCGCCCCGGAGAUGAGCAAGACUGGUAGGGCCACCACGAACACCGACGUGUUCGCCUUCGGCGCCUUCCUCCUCGAGGUGGCCUGCGGCCGGAGGCCCACAGAAAACAGCGACAACGCCGACUCGCCGGGGCUCGUCGACCUCGUCCUCGAGUGCUGGAAGGGCGGGAGGAUCAAAGAUGCCAUGGACCCAAGGAUUGACAAGUUUGACGAGGACGAUCUCGAGCUGGUGCUCAAGCUCGGGCUGCUCUGCUCGCACCCUGACCCCAGGCGCCGGCCGAGCAUGAGGCAGGUGGUACAGAUGUUGGAAGGCGCUGCGCCGGUGCCGGAGACGAUGCCGGAAGAUCUAGGCAGCAGCGGCAGGAUCUUUGGGUACAACGAAUCGUUCGACGAGUUCGUCACCAUGUUCCCAACGACGUCCGAGAUCACCACCGUCACGACACAGCCGUCUUCUUCAAACUCCGACGAGCAGUAGCAGCUGAUCUCCGGCUGAGUAGUGCCACCUUCUCUCGUCACCAAAUUACCGAAUUUAGUGUUCUGUAUAGUUUGAUUGGGUUGGAAAUGGAAUAGGUACAAGAUUAGAUGUUGUGUAAUUUUUUUAGAGUGAUGUUAUUUAUCAGAUGUUUGUUUUUUUCUUUUUCUUCAA